AAAAUCAUAACCUCCUUGUUCGAGCCUGUCAACAGGCAACUUCAUGAGCACAUGGUUGUUUAUACUCACCUCUUUGUAAUUUUCAAAUGAAAUAAGAAAUCUGUUAACGGGGUAAUUCGAGAUGGUUCUUCUCAGUCCUGAGGAGAAGAUUUACAUUGUACAUGGAAUCGAGGCUAACAUGAGGGUGGACGGAAGGGAGCAGCUUCAGUUCCGGCCGAUCGAGGUCGAGACCGGACUCAUGCCGAAUUGCAUGGGCUCAGCCAGAGUGCUUCUUGGUAAAACUGAUUUAAUCGCUUGCAUCUCAGUGGACACGAUAACACCGUUGGUAGAGAGGCCUGAUGAGGGCAAAUUGGAAUUUUACAUCCAUUUCUCUGGCAUCACCUCACCCGAAUUUGAAGGCCGUAAGGGUGAGCAGAAAUCGGAUCAGAUCUCGACUAUAUUUAACAAACUUUACUCUAGCGUGCGGCUCAAUAGCCUGUGUAUUGAACCGCGCCUUAAGAGCUGGAAGCUUAACAUCGACGUGUGCGUUCUAUCGCUUGAUGGAAACCUUUAUGAUGCAGUGUCUUUUGCAACGAAAGCCGCUCUUUCUAGCACCAACAUUCCGAAUAUGAUUGUAACGAAUGAAGACAAAGGUGAGAAAGAGUUCAAAAUAUCGGAAGACCCGUCUGAUACCUGGGUGCCUGAUAUUUCUGACAUUCCUUGCUUCAUAACUGUCUCCAAAGUUGGUGAAUCAUUCAUCGUUGAUGCGACCAGCAACGAAGAACAGUGCACUACAUUCAGCUGUGUUGUCGCUGUCACCGAAUCAGGUUUGAUUCAAGCGACUCUCAAAGUCGGCCCGGGAAGCCUUCAGCCUGGUACUUUCCUCACAGCCUUGAACCAAGCUGUCGAAACUGGCUUGAUCAUGAAUAAAGAAUUGAAAUCUAUUCUGGCAAAGGAGUCAGAAAUCGCAUACAGAGAAACUGUCGGGUUUCUCAAUUGAAAAUAAUGUAAAUCUUUAAUUUUGUAUAUUAAUUUCUUAUUUUUGUAAAUAAAAAUCAAUUUUACCCAGAAUU